CACUUCGUCUUGCGCCGCAACAAUCAACCGCAAUCAACAUCGAUGUAUCAAAAAAUCAGUCGCGACGUCAAACUCGCUGCCGUCAAUCUCUACGAGCGUCAACACCUUUCUCUUCAGGACAUUCUCGCUUGUGUUGGAUUCUCGGAAAGUACUUUCUGGCGUGUCCUUAAACUUUGGCGCAAGAUAGGCAACGUUGUUAGCCCCACCUGUAGCCUUCUUGGUUUCUUCAUUUCUGAGUAUGAAUACACUAUGAGAGUGUAUUCAAGAAUCAAUGGUCAAUGAACUUCGAACAAUUGUACCUUCCUUGGGCUUGG